AUGUCUUCGAGGGGAAAUCAGCGUCGGGGCCUCAACCGGAACAGUGAGGCCGGUGAGCACGGCGAGGAGCUGGCCAUGUGGAAGGACAGCAAGGAAAAGAUAAUGGGUGUCCUGGACGCCUUCAACGAGAGCAGUGCGAAUGUCCUUGACAUCCGCGACCAGGACAAGCGCAUGGCCGAGAACGAGAACAAAGGCAACCUCUCCUCGGAGGAUUACAACAAGGUUGAUAGCCUGCUCCGCAAGGGUGUUAAGAUCAACGAUGCUGCAGCCCAAAACCUCACCAAGCUGAUCGAGGAUCUCAAGGUCUUGAAGGCCGUGCAGAAGGCCAACGAGGAACAGAAGGAGGCCAGCGCCUCGCGUGUGGCACCUCAGAGGCCCCGUGAUCUGUACGACUUCGAAGCCGCCGAUUCUCCCAUCCCAUCUCCCAACCAGAGUAACGUCUCUCGGCGUAUGGGCAACAGCGGUAAGGCUGAACGGGGAGACUCGAUGCCGCCCAAGCCCCAGGAUCGCUCCACGCCCGUCCCCAAGAUGGGCAGUACCGAGCCUCAGCCCAACGCGGCCGCCAGCGCCAUGCGUUCUAAGCAAAACUUCGCCAAGGACGACGAGGUCGCCUUCAAACCAAAGCCGGCUAGCAACGAACAGACGGACUGGAUUCUUGGUAUUGUCCAAGAAGUGCGCGGCGAGGGCAAGUCGAGGCGGUAUAGGGUUCUCGAUGCCGACGUGGAUGAGAAUGGCCACCAGAAGGACUUUCGGACCAGCGCCAGCAACAUGAUUUUAAUCCCCAGGGAUGGGACAGUCUUGCCUCCCCUUGACAAGGGCAAAGUUGUGCUGGCGCUCUACCCAAACACGACAACUUUCUACAAGGCCGAGGUCAUAGGGAUGGACGGUGACACCAAGGUGAACCUCAAGUUCGAGGGUGAGGAGAGUAGCAAUACGAUGCAGGCUGUCACCCGUCGACAUGUGGUCGAGUAUCGAGGAUGA